UAUGGCGUGUAGUAGAAAUGUCAAUGGAGGCUCGUUCUAGUUCAGCUCUUUUUAAAAGGGCCGAACAGUUAAGGCGAUGGGAAGAAUCAGAAACUAAUCGUGAAUCUACUGUUGUUCCUGAAAAGUCCAGAAAAAUUAAGUUUUCCGCGGAUUGUGUGUUUUUAGCUGCAUGUGCAGCAGGUGACAAGGAGGAGGUUUUACGUUUGCUGGAACAAGGAGCUGUGAUUGACACAGUAAACGUUGAUGGAUUAUCUGCUUUACACCAGGCUUGUAUUGACGACAACCUAGACAUGGUUGAGUUCCUGGUGAAGCAUGGAGCAGAUGUCAACAAAGGAGACAACGAGGGGUGGACGCCUCUACAUGCUACGGCCUCUUGCGGCUUCAUCAGCAUAGCCAAGUUCCUGAUAGAGCACGGGGCCAAUGUGGCGUCAGUCAACAAUGAUGGUGAACUGCCGGUGGACAUUGCAGAGUCCGACGAAAUGGAGGAUAUGCUGCAACAACACAUAGACGAGCAAGGCAUAGACUGUGACGAGGCCCGCAACGAGGAGGAGCGUAUGAUGUUGAAGGAUGCAAGGGAGUGGUUGGCGAUGGGAGAGAUACGUGAGGAGUUACACAGCAAGACAAGAGCAUCUGCGUUACACGUGGCUGCUGCCAAGGGCUACAUCAAUGUCAUUGAACUACUGCUGCAGGCGGGUGCUGAUGUAGACACUCAGGAUGCCGACGGUUGGACUCCCCUACAUGCAGCAGCUCACUGGGGUCAGAAGGAAUCAUGUGAAAUGCUGAUUCAGCAUAUGUGCGACAUGGACACUAAAAAUCUUGUUGGUCAGACAGCCUUUGACGUGGCAGACUCAGAGAUGGUGAAGGUGCUGGAGGAACUGAGGAAAAAACAAGAAAGUUUAAGGAGAGAGAAAGGAGACCUGAUCAUCAACAAGCGGCACAGUCAGAGGAUAUUAGAAAAGGCUAAGGAGAAGGAACGACAAAUGAACGAGGAAAAUACACCUAUUGAGAUCGUGCCUCAAGUACAACUGAAGAUUCAACCAGAACCUAGUGAAGACAGCAGAGUUGAAAAGAACAACAGAGUCAACAGAGAUGAACAGACUAGGAUACAAAAUUCAACAGAAGUCGCAAAACAAGUUCCUAUUACACCAGCUCCCAGUUCUCCACCCAAGCAAGGCACAGCGGAGAAUGAUGACUCAGUGACUCCUUCUUGGAGGCGACCAGGCUCCUUCAGAAGUAGAGGCGGAGGAGAUUUAUCUAACAAGACACUACCUCUGAGGAUAGGUGAGAAUGAGCCAGCAGAGAAGAUAACCUCUCCUACAGGACCUCCCCGAGUCAUCGCUCCGGAGGAGAAGGACAAGGAGAUCGGUCUGAGGCGCACACAGAGCUUCGAGGCGGACGAAAAGUUCUACCGCCGCUACCUGGAGCUGAGAGCCAAGAUCAAUGCAGGGACGUCGUGUCCCACGCUGCAUCCCCCGCACACCCCCGGUCGCACCCCCACACGCUCCGCCUCGCUCAAAGAGAAGUGCUUCCCGAGGAGGGGAUUGGUGCGAGAGGACACUCGGUUGCCACUUCCCCCCUCCACCCCAGCUCUAGUCAUCCCUCCCACCUCUACAACAACCUCCCCCUCGGCUACUACCCCUACUUCCUCUCCCUCGUCAGCUCCGUCCACACCUACGUCAACGUCCAGCCCACAAUCUCAUCCUAGCAUACGCAGCGGUGUAAUGGCCAUGAUCACCGGAAGCCCUUUGCAGACCCCUACCACUCCUACAACUCCCGGGGGUAGCAAAUUAAGUCCCGGAAACAUCUUUAAAAAUUUCUUCAAAUCGUUCGUGCCGCCGGUGCGAGACGAGGAGAGUGAAACACAGCGUAAGGCGCACGCCAAGCGAGUGAGGGAAACACGGCGGUCGACGCAAGGAGUGACACUGGAGGAGAUCAAAUCUGCAGAACAACUGGUGAAGAAGAAGCAACAACAACAGCUGCAGCAGGCAACUCAACAACUGAGCGGCAGCGAUCAGUCGCCGGACAGUGAAGAGCCGCUACACAUAACUGCCACAAUCACGACGGCGGAACCUACAGUGGCACAGUCGGGCGAGCGCCGGCCCUCGUGGCGCCUCCGUGUAGACAACGGCAGCAAGUUCAUGUUGGAAGACGCAAGAACAGAGCCGAGCAGAGCGUCCGCCCCCGCACUGGAGGCAGCUCUGCGACGCCCCUCGGUCACCACUACCCCUCGCCCUGCCUCAGACCCUGCGGAUACAUCCGUCACACUGCCACUGAGACGACCCUCUCGUCCACCUGAUGACAAAGAUCAAGACAAGGAAAACGACAUCAGGAACGCUCAGGCAACCCAGGCUGUGAUCCAGCGAAGAAGAAGACCCAAGAGAAGAUCAACAGGAGUGGUCCAUGUUGACAUGGAUGAGAUUGAUCCUGACAGACAGGACAAUGCUGGUGGAGUCGAUGGUGAAGACGUUCAUGUCAACAAUACAGAGAGUGGAACCGAGAGGUCAGGCAGAUCUUCAAGGCUAAGUUCAUCAACCGAUGGUGAAGCAACUGCCAAUGGAGAGAUUGAUUAUAAGAAGCUUUAUGAAGAAUCUCAGCAAGAAAAUGAAAGGUUAAGGGAGAAAUUGAAAAAAACAGAAGAAGAUCUCAAGGAAUCCAAAACGCAAGCAGAAAAAAAUGCUUCUCCUGGAAAAAAUUCCAUGUCAGAAAUGGAAAAGCGUGAAAGGCGAGCUUUGGAGAGGAAGCUUUCCGAAAUGGAAGAAGAACUCAAGCAAUUACAAAAGCUCAAAGCAGAAAACGAAAGAUUGCGAGCGGAAAACCGAGCGUUGACUCGUGUUGUGUCCAAACUUACUGCCUCUGCGAAUGUCGGCAAAUAGCUAAUUGAAAAGCUGAAAUGUGAAAAUCAGAAGCUGAAGGAUGAGAAUGGAGCUUUAAUAAGGGUGAUCAGCAAGUUAUCCAAGUGAUGGGUGGUACCAACACGACAACUCGUAUUUUCCCUUUGCUCGGUUUUAUUUAUUUAUUAUAGUCUAAUUGCUAUUAUGUUUAUUGAAUACCUGGCAUCGUUCGGGCCGGUUAGGUCCAUGGCCGUUACCAAACGUUGUAUAUAGUUUCCUAUGAGAGUUUAGUACUACAUACAUGUAUACAUUUGUUUAUUAAUUUUUAUAUAAAAAUUAUUACAUAAGGCCAGUGACUACCACAGUGUCUUCAUAUCAGUGUGAUAUAAAAUAUCACAAACCAAAACAAUUAAUUGGUUCGUUAGUCAAAGAUUAGAGGAAAAACUACGUAUUAAUUCUGUGAUUUUAAAAGUAGUGUAUGAUUAACAAUGAAAAAUUCAGUUAUUGGCUUGAAGCAUUUCACCAGCAUUUAAAUAUUUAACUAGCUUUAAUUCAAAUUUUAAAUCAUUCCUGUAGCUCUCUGUAGAAUUAUGGUAUGAUUAACUGGUCAAAAUAUAAACACAUUAGCUUUGAUAAAAUAUCAUUUAUGAAUCUAUUCUAUUAAAAAUGUUUAUUAUGUUUUUUGCUCCUUAACUGGUUGAUGAUCACACAAAAAAUGAACAGCUAUAUUGAAAAGAGAUGGAGUUUCCAAUUUUUCAUUAUUAAUUCAAUUAUAUAUUUUGAGCAGAAAGCAAAAUUUGAAAUACUAUUCUCCAAAAACUUUGUUCUGGGUUCAACAUAACAUGUUUUUAUUGUUUUUACUAGUCCUCUGUAUUAUUUGGAUUAAAUAAGUAGUGUUAUAAUAGCCUUAACUAUCUACAUUGAAAAAAUAUAAUUACAAACUAGCAAACUACCUUCACACUCACUGAUCUUGUUAAAAUACAUUGGAAACCAACAAGAGACGUUGAUUGUGAAGCUUUGGUGAUUUUAUCAUCUUAAUAGUUUUCUCUUCCACAUACAAUGUGCACUUUAACAGAGACUAUACAAAUUACUAUUUCAAGCUAACUACACAAUUUUGAACAGUGACAUAUCCCAAUAUCUUUAAAAACUAUUUUUUUAAGGUCUAAUUUUUAUUUUUGAUCUAUAAGUUCAUGGUACUAGGUACUUGAGAUUUCCCUCCAAGCGACUUCAUAAGAACAUCACUGAAGUAUCAGUUGUAUAUAAGUGAAAAAUAACAUGUAUAGUUCUUUAGCUGUUUUACAUAUCAGAAUAUUAAACUAACAUCUUCAUAAUUUAAAAGUUCAACUUAUUCUUCACACUUAAAUAUUUCUAAAUUAUAGCCCAUUGCAUGAAAGUUAGGUGUCGUCCAUAAAAUGUGGUUGUUGAAUUUUGAUAGACCUGAUCAAUUUUUGUAAAUAAUAGCAUUGUGCACAAUCUUCCAAUAACAUUGAAUAAUAUGUUUAGUACAUUUUAAACGUAUGGACAAUAAGGUUUAUCUUUAUAACCAAGUAUCAGCCUAAAAUAUUAGUUUCAUCUGUUACUGGUAUCUAUUUAAAAAAUGUAUAAACGUACAUUUUGUUAUUAUCCAAAAUUUAUUUAAUGUGAAACUAUAAUUUAAAUCUCUUUAUGUUAUAGAACAGGGAACACCAGCAAAUAAACAUUUAUUGCAUGUUAUGAAAAUGAGGAGCAAAAACUAGGUUUUAGUGUUAAAACACAGCAGCUAGUAGGAACAAGAGUAAAAUGACAGAACAUGGGUAAUAAUUAUGGUUUAAUUUAUUCUAUACAAUAGUUUUAUUAUUUCGUUAAAUUAUUCUGUGUUUGUAUUCGUUUUAUUUUUCAUUUUAAGCUUUUGUGUGUAUUUGUAGGUCCAAAGUAAAUGUUUAUUUUCUAGUCCUUAGGUUUUAUACCUGUUCGAUUGUAGAUAGAUACAACAGUUAAGACUAUUUGGGGUUAUGAGGGACUUUUUUUGUACAUCUUAGUGCAAUACUCGUCUUAAAACUAUUGUUAAACUUGUAUAGCAAGUUUGCAAAUAGCACUCGUUAAAACAUUUCACACCAUUUUAAUAAAUUCUUGUACAAAUAGAUGUCUGAUAUUUAAAUUCUUUACUGUUGUAUUUCUGCCGGUUAUCUUUUUUUACACCGGUAUCUUUUAAGGUUAAAACGAUGUGCCUUUUGCUUCAUAUAAGUUGAAAACUCUUUGUCUAUAUUAUUGUAUAUCUUGUAAAAUUAAGAGUUUUAGUAAAUUUUAUGUGGCUUUGUUAUUUCAAUAUGCAAAUAAAAGUCGAGAUUUGUUUAA